AGCCAGCACAGAGCAGUCAGAGAGGAACAUGGCCGCAGCACAUUUAGCUCGCGCUAUCGCUGUUCCUCCCAACCGAAGGUCAGACCGGGUUGAUUAAACAUACAGGAUUUAACAAGAGCACGAGCGACGGAAAGUUUCACAUCUAGGUUUUCUCCCAAUGGGUGCUUCAUGAAGACAGGCCCAGGACUCGGGGACUUUAAAGCCAGCUCUGACAGACGGGCCGGUGACAGAGGUAGAAGAGGUGGAUGAAGGGUUGCCCUCCCAGCAGCCAUGAUGCCCUGAAGAGCUGACUGGAGUCUGUACCAGAACCUAGACGCUGAUAUGCAGUGAGGAUGAGUGGCGUUGGUGAAAACCCCUCGAACCCUGCUGCCAGGGCCGAGUCGCGGAAACGCAAGGAAUGUUCCUCUGACCUGUUGGGUCCCAGCCCCAAACAAAGCAUAGAGAAGAGAAACCGUGAGCAUGAGAACAAGUACAUUGAGGAGCUGGCCGAGCUGAUCUUCGCCAACUUCAACGACAUUGAUAACUUCAACGUCAAGCCUGACAAAUGUGCUGUCCUGAAGGAGACUGUCAAACAGAUACGACAGAUCAAGGAGCAAGAGAAAGCAGCCGCGGCCAAUGAGGAGGAGGUACAGAAGGCGGAUGUGUCGUCGACGGGCCAAAGCAUCAUCGACAAGGAUGCUCUCGGACCAAUGAUGCUGGAGGCCCUGGAUGGGUUCUUCUUCGUGGUGAAUAUGGAGGGUAACAUAGUGUUUGUGUCUGAGAACGUGACCCAGUACCUGCUGUAUAACCAGGAGGAGCUGAUGAACACCAGCGUCUACAGCGUCCUGCACGUAGGAGACCACGCUGAGUUCAUCAAGAACCUGCUGCCCAAGAGCCUGGUGAACGGUGUGCCGUGGUCCAGUGAAAGUCCCAGGAGGAACAGUCACACGUUUAACUGUCGUAUGCUGGUCAACCCUCACAGUGACAACAGGGACGAGACCAACGACCAUGAGGGGCAGAAACAGAAAUAUGAGACCAUGCAGUGUUUCGCUGUCUCCGAACCCAAGAGCAUCAAGGAGGAGGCAGAAGACUUCCAGUCAUGUCUGAUAUGUGUGGCUCGCAGGAUGCCCAUGAAGGAGCGACCCGUUCUCCCCACGCACGAGAGCUUCACCACCCGCCAGGACCUGCAAGGUAAGAUCACGUCGCUAGACACCAGUCUUCUGAGAGCCUCUAUGAAGCCUGGCUGGGAAGACCUGGUGAGGAGAAGCAUCCAGAGGUUUCACCUACAGAACGACGGAGAGAUGUCCUUCGCCAAGAGACACCAACAAGAGGUGUUGCGUCACGGCCAGGCAUUCAGCCCCAUCUACAGGUUCUCUCUGUCAGACGGGACCAUCGUGUCGGCUCACACCAAGAGCAAGCUGGUCCGCUCCCCUGCCACCAACGAACCCCAGCUCUACAUGUCUCUACACCUGCUACAGAGAGAGCAGUCAGUGUGUGGUAUGGGGCCGGGUCAGGACAUGGGGCCCGGUGGACAGGGCCAGCAGGGGACAGUGAUGGGCCCCGGCCCCAAACCAAUGGUCCCCAACCCCUCAAUGACACCUCCAACCCCGGGGACAAUAUCUGGCCUGGUGCCCCAGGGACAGGACACCACGAUCAGCUCCAACAGCACGCCCUUCUCCCUUCCUCAUGGAGGGCCAGGGUCCAGAGAACCAGGGCUCGUACCCAUGGGGUCCGGGUCUGGACACAUGCAGGGCUACCGCUACGGUUGCCCUCCCCAGCCCAUGGGCUACCCUGGAGGGAUGCAGGGCGGCAUGGGCAUGAACCCCCCCAACCAUCCCCACCAGCAAGGGGCCAGCUGGAGGAUGAGCAGCCCGUCUCGAGGCAGCCCUACCCCAGCCGGAGGCCCCCAUCUGGGGCAACAGAACUCGAUGCUGUCCCCUAGGCACCGGGCGAGUCCAGGGAUGGCAGGGAGCCCUCGCGUGGCCCCAUGCCUGCACUCGCCCUCCCCUGUGGGGAUGUGUGGGUCUGGAACAGGGGUUGCAGUAGGAGGUAGCGGUCCUGCGGCUAACAGUCAUGCUAACAGUCAUGCUAACAGUCAUGCUAACAGUCAUGCUAACAGUCAUGCUAACAGUCAUGCUAACAGUCAUGCUAACAGUCAGGCUAACAGUCAGGCUAACAGUUACACCAGUAGUUCUCUGUCGGCCCUGCAGGCCCUGAGUGAGUGUCACGGGGUUGGACACGGCGGUUGCGUUCACCCACACAUUCAUGGCGCUGGGGGGCAUUCGCACACACACACGCUAGGGUCACCGGACAGGAAGAUGAUGGGGUCGCCAGCCGGCAUCACGAUGGGGGCAGGGGUCAACCCUCACAUGAUGUCGAAAGUUGGAGGUGGCACUAACGUGGAUCCUCACGGAGAGCAGGGUGGACAGUACGACCAGAGACAGAUGGACAGACAGACUGACGGGAACGGUAGCAGCGGUAACCACGGUGACGUCAAAGAGGAGAGGGACGGCUCAAACGACGGCCCCAACGCGCAGAGCCGUGUCCUCCACGACAACAAGGGCCACACCAAACUACUCCAGCUCCUCACCACCAAGUCCGAACCCCUCGACACCCCCCCGUCUCCCAACGGAGGAGGAGACCCCAAGGACCCCUCGUCAGGGCUGGGGGGCCCUCAUGGUCCAGGGGCCCCAGGGGGCCACGCCACAUCCCUAAAGGAGAAACACAAAAUACUCCACAGGCUGCUCCAGAACAGCACCUCUCCUGUCGACCUGGCCAAGCUCACCGCUGAGGCCACUGGCAAAGAGCUGGGAGAGCAGGGGAGUAACGUCAACACCCAGGUGGGUACAGGAGGGGGUACAGAUGGGAACCUCCCCCCCAAACAGGAGCCCCUGAGUCCUAAGAAGAAGGACAAUGCACUGCUGAGGUACCUGCUGGAUGAAGAGGAGGGGGGCAUGAAGGAGAGGCAGGCUAGGAUGGAGGGAGGAGGAGGAGAGGUGAAGACGGAGAUGAAACACCCCAUCCAUGUGAAGACUGAGAAACAGGAUACAGGAUAUGAUCGCUCUGAGCAGUCGUCAGAGCUGGAUGAUAUCCUAGAUGAGCUGCAGUGUGUCCAGCCCCAGCUGUUCGGUGAGCCGCGGCCCGUCUCUCUGCCUUCCUCCCUGGACAAACAGACCAUCAUCAAUGACAUACUGCACAUCACCCAGGAAACCAGCCCUGCCAACGCCAUGGCAACGCAGCAGCAGCAGAGGGGCAUGGGGCCAGGCAACUAUGGCGGUGCCAGAGGGCCGGAGGGCCAGGGGCCAGCCAGGGGCCUCCCUGUGAGGAGUGUAUCCCUGGACAUGACCGUGUCAGGGGUCCCCCAGGGCCAGUAUCCUCCUGUGGGAACCCUCAGUCCCUACACGCUCCUACAACAGCAGCAAGGAAUUCUGGCAAACCACAACGCCAUGAUGUCUAACCAGGCCAACCUCUCAGGUCAGAUGGAUGGUCCUCGGCAGGGCAUGCAGCAGGAGGGGGGUUGGGGUCCUGGGGGCCCAGGUCAGAGCGGGUCAUCAUCGGUCCGUCCUCCAGGGGUCCCAGGUCAGCAGGGGACGACGCUCGGCCGUAUGGGGCCCAGCCCUGGAGGCACUAUGAGACCCAACAGUCAGCCCGGCCCUGGACCCAGACAGAUGCUGCAGUCUCAGAUGAUGGUCAACGACAUGGGUAUGGGGCCCCACCAGUUCUCCCAGCAACAGGCUCCACCCAAUCAGACGGCUCCGUGGCCAGACAGCGUGAUGCCUGUUGAGCAGACCACCUUCAACCAGAACAGGUCUCUGUAUGCCUCCCAGCAACAGCAGCAGCAGGAGGUGUUGUGUGGGGUUCCGGGGCCCAGUGGUCAGAGUCAGGGGCCUGGUGAUGGAGGUGGUAGUGAUGAGGGGGCUCUCCUAUCCCAGCUCUACACCGUGUUAAAGGACUUUGAUGGCCUGGAGGAGAUAGACAGAGCCCUGGGGAUACCGACUCUGAUGGGACAGGGUCAGUCUGUAGAUCAGGAUCAGUUCUCUUCAGACCCGUCCAUGUUGUUAGACCAGAAGCCUCCAGUGUACGGCCAGCAGGACCUGCCACCCGGCUCCCAUCUAGCCCAGAGAGGGUACCACGGCCCUGGGUCCGGCAGACCCAUGCAGGACCCCACACCUGGCUCCCUUCUAUCCCAGAGAGGAUACCACGACCCUGGGUCUGGCAGACCCAUGCAGGACCCCACAGGGCAAGGCUUCCACCCCAUGGCUGUCCAGAUGGGCCCCAGACCAGGAUACCCCAUCAUGAGGCUGAGGCCCCAGGCGGUGGUUCCUAACCAGCCUAAUACACUGAGGCUACAGCUGCAGCACCGGCUACAGGUACAACAGAACCGCCAGCCAAUGAUGAACCAGAUGAGUGGAGUGUCCAAUAUGAACCCAACUUUACAGUCCAACAACCCCAACCAGGGGACCAUCAAUGCACAGAUGUUGGCACAACGGCAGAGAGAACUCCUCAACAACCACCUGCGGCAACGUCAGCUGGAGCAUCAAAGACAGCAGCAGCAGCAGCAGAGGAACAUGGUGAUGAGAACCCAGGGACUCAACCUACCUCCCAAUAUGGCCGCCGCGGCUGCUGCAAGUGGCCUAUCAGGAGGCCUGAGUAACCCUCGGAUCCCACAGACCACCAAUCCCCAGCAGUUCCCCUACCCACCCAGCUACGGUACCAGUACAGGCCCAGGCCUGGCCACACCUCCUCCUCCUCACCCCUCUACCAGCCCUUUCUCCCCCAUCUCGCCCAGCCUGCCCUCCUCUCUCCCUCCCCACCAAGCCCUGCAUGGCUCUCCUUCCUCCCAGAUGAUGAUGAUGGGGGGAUCAGGACAGUUUGGGGACGUAGUCAGCCCUCAUGUACAGCAGCUCAGUGCCUUUCAGUUCCCAAACUCAGGUAUGUCCCAGCAGCCUGACGGAGGGUUUGGGGGUCAGGCCACGCCCCAGAGUCCCCUGUUGUCCCCCAGGAUGGCCCACGCCCAAUCCCCCAUGAUGCAGCAGCAAGGCAACGCCAAUUUCCAGGCGUCGCCUGACCUAAACGGUUGGCCGCCCCAGGGGAACAUGGGAGGAAACAGUAUGUUCAGUACUCAGCAGUCUCCGCCCCAGUUCACCCAGCAGCAGCAGACCAACUGGGGCGCGGCCAUGUACAACGGCAACGGAAUGAACCUCAACGUCUCCAUGGCUACCAACGCCAACGGCAUGGCCCCCGUGGGUCAGAUGGCCGGACAGAUGAUCACCUCGCCUGGAAUGACCUCAAUGGGACAGGAACAGAAAUACUGCUGACCCUGGUGGAGCGUGAAGCCAACCAGCACCUUAAUGCUAACACCCAGGAUCCAAUGAGCUCGCUGGUUCAUCUUCAACCACCCAACCAAUCUACCAACGGCUCUUUGAGUGAACCUGGCAGUGCCCUGACUCAGCUCUGCCCAACCAAUCUACCAACGGCUCUGAGUGAACCUGGCAGUGCCCUGACUCAGCUCUGCCCAACCAAUCUACCAACGGCUCUGAGUGAACCUGGCAGUGCCCUGACUCAGCUCUGCCCAACCAAUCCUGACCUCUGACUUCACCUACCUGGCAUAAAGUGUUCCUCGGGGGGGGUGUCACCCAGGGUUCAAGGGGGGAGUAGGGGGGAUAGAGGAAAGGUUGGACUUUUUACGUGUUCCAAAUGGCACCCUGUUCCCUAUAAAAGUAAGUAAAGCACUACACAAGGAAGAGGGAGGCAACCCUAAAACGCCUAUCCCCUCCUUAAAGGAGAACUCGUGAGCCAGCCUGUCUCUGUCCAGCUGCAUUCACCGUAGUGUGACUUACUGUAGCCCCCCCCCUCUAUUGUAGAUCCCUCCCCCUAUGGGUUGAUUGACUGUAGGCCCCUCCCCAUCUGCCUGGAGGUCCACCCCCUCUGGGUUGACUGACUGUACGCCCCUCCCCCCCUCUAAGUUGGCCCUUCCCCCUCUGGUUUGACUGAUUGAGUACUGGUGGCAGCGGUGGGAUCCUCGUCAGAUGAAUGUAUUCCUCUCUAUGGACAAGUGGCCAUUUUGCAAUCUGAUCUCAUCUCAAAACGAUUUAUACUUUUUUUUUUUUUUUUUUCUCCCUUGAUCCCCUCUGAUGUUCUAGAACAUUCCUCUCGUGUUCCACAAUGGCAUCAAAUAUGUUUGGGUUCUGGAGGGCAGCGGAGCAGCCAACUAAUUUCAGCCCGUUUUGCCUUUUUUGCUGUUUGUUUUGAUGAUGAUGAUGAUGAUGAUGAUGAUGACUACAGAUGUGUAGGAUAAAGACAAAUGUUUUUUGUUUUUUUUUAACACUGCAGAUUAUUGUUUUGACUGAAAUAAUGCUUUGUAUGAUAAUUAGACUAAUUUAGUCAAGAGGUUUAUAAGUUUAUUAAAUUAAGUUUUAUUUUUCUGUUUAGAUUUUUUUGAAAUUAUCUUAGAUUUCUUUUUAUUAUCGUAGCAAACAACAGAAGACGAGGCAAAGUGAAGAAAAAAGAGGCACUUUGUGUCGUUUUAAACUCGGCGGUUAAACUCUUCCUGAAAAGACUACUAUACUCUAUCACAUUGAAAUAUUACGCAUUUGACUUUGGUUCAAUAGUUUGUUGUUGAAUUACAUCAUGUGGUUGAAGACAACAGAAACAGUCAGAUUGUACAUGCUGUACCAGUUAACAGACAGAUUGUACAUGCUGUACCAGUUACCAGACAGAUUGUACAUGCUGUACCAGUUACCAGACAGAUUGUACAUGCUGUACCAGUUACCAGACAGAUUGUACAUGCUGUACCAGUUACCAGACAGAUUGUACAUGCUGUACCAGUUACCAGACAGAUUGUACAUGCUGUACCAGUUACCAGUCAGAUUGUACAUGCUGUACCAGUUACCAGACAGAUUGUACAUACUGUACCAGUUACCAGACAGAUUGUACAUACUGUACCAGUUAACAGACAGAUUGUACAUGCUGUACCAGUUACCAGUCAGAUUGUACAUGCUGUACCAGUUAACAGACAGAUUGUACAUGCUGUACCAGUUACCAGUCAGAUUGUACAUGCUGUACCAGUUAACAGACAGAUUGUACAUACUGUACCAAUUAACAGACAGAUUGUACAUGCUGUACCAGUUAACAGACAGAUUGUACAUGCUGUACCAGUUACCAGACAGAUUGUACAUGCUGUACCAGUUAACAGACAGAUUGUAUGCUGUACCAGUUAACAGACAGAUUGUACAUGCUGUACCAGUUAACAGACAGAUUGUACAUACUGUACCAGUUAACAGACAGAUUGUACAUGCUGUACCAGUUAACAGACAGAUUGUACAUGCUGUACCAGUUAAUAGACAGAUUGUACAUGCUGUACCAGUUACCAGUCAGAUUGUACAUGCUGUACCAGUUAACAGACAGAUUGUACAUGCUGUACCAGUUAACAGACAGAUUGUACAUUCCGUACCAGUUAACAGACAGACUUUCCUAUUGAUUUGGGCCUUUUCUAUUCUUUCACCCGGUCUGGUCUUGACUGCCUCUGCUGUAAAAGCAGAGCGGUGUUUUAUGUGUUUGUUUGAGAAGAGGAGAGUCUGACCUUGUCGUGGAUACGGUACAAGAGAGGAGCCUUUACCCAGGCUCUAAUACAGGGUGUCGGUAGGUAGGUAGGUAGGUAGGUAGGUAGGUAGGUAGGUAGGUAGGUAGGUAGGUAGGUAGGUAGGUAGGUAGGUAUGCCUGGGGGAGGGGCUGCUAUGUAUACAGUGUACAGAUUAUCGCUUGCUUCUCAGCCUAGAGCGUAUAGCUAGCACCACGACAGAAAGCCAGGACCAACUGCUCUGGUCCGUCAGUGUGAUGUACUAAACAAGCAAUAACAAUUACUUCAGAAUCUUCAGAAUCUUCAGAAUCUUCAGAAUCUUCAGAAUCUUCAGAAUCUUACGUUUUUGUGUUUGGUUUUUUGUUGGUGCAGAUUCUUUCCUCGGGGGGCUUCAUUGCUCUGCGGUCCGUCGGGAAUUUAAAAACACUGCUACUUUUUUAUUGCAGUUUUAUAUAUAUUUUUUAAAAAUCUCUCUUAAUCCAAAUGAUACGUUCAUGGUAGAUGAUUACAGCAGUGCAGACGAGGAGGGAGUGUGGUGCUGGGUGUAGACGAGGAGGGAGUGUGGUGGUGGGUGUAGACGAGGAGGGAGUGUGGUGGUGGGUGUAGACGAGGAGAGAGUGUGGUGGUGGGUGUAGACGAGGAGGGAGUGUGGUGGUGGGUGUAGACGAGGAGGGAGUGUGGUGCUGGGUGUAGACGAGGAGGGAGUGUGGUGCUGGGUGUAGACGAGGAGAGAGUGUGGUGGUGAGUGUAGACGAGGAGGGAGUGUGGUGGUGGGUGUAGACGAGGAGGGAGUGUGGUGGUGGGUGUAGACGAGGAGGGAGUGUGGUGGUGGGUGUAGACGAGGAGGGAGUGUGGUGGUGGGUGUAGACGAGGAGGGAGUGUGAUGGUGGACCUUACUCACCCUCAUGUUAACACACAGGGUGCAUCCUAAAUGGAACACCAUGCCCUACAUACAUCAUAUUCCCUCGCCCCUAUAACGGGUAUAAUGACAUCAUAUUCCCUCGCCCCUCUAACGGGUAUAAUGACAUCAUAUUCCCUCGCCCCUGUAACGGGUAUAAUGACAUCAUAUUCCCUCUCCCCUCUAACGGGUAUAAUGACGUCAUAUUCCCUCGCCCCUCUAACGGGUAUAAUGACGUCAUAUUCCCUCGCCCCUCUAACGGGUAUAAUGAUGACAUAUUCCCUCGCCCCUCUAAUGGGUAUAAUGACAUCAUAUUCCCUCGCCCCUGUAACGGGUAUAAUGACACCGUAUUCCCUCGCCCCUGUAACGGGUAUAAUGACGUCAUAUUCCCUCGCCCCUAUAACGGGUAUAAUGACAUCAUAUUCCCUCACCCCUCAAACGGGUAUAAUGACAUCAUAUUCCCUCGCCCCUCUAACGGGUAUAAUGACAUCAUAUUAUGGUCACUGUAGAUCCUUUGUUGCGUCAGUCAGACCUCAGAACUAUAUCUUUCCACCAAUCCUGAAAUGUUGCAGCAUAUUCCCUCGCCCCUGUAACGGGUAUAAUGACAUCAUAUUCCCUCGCCCCUCUAACGGGUAUAAUGACAUCAUAUUAUGGUCACUGUAGAUCCUUUGUUGCGUCAGUCAGACCUCAGAACUAUAUCUUUCCACCAAUCCUGAAAUGUUGCAGCAUAUUCCCUCGCCCCUGUAACGGGUAUAAUGACAUCAUAUUCCCUCGCCCCUGUAACGGGUAUAAUGACAUCAUAUUCCCUAAUGACAUCACCCCGCUAACAGGUGUUGACUGCGGCAUAGUCCCGUACGAUUGUGUUCUUGCUUACUCCAUUGUUGUCAUUGUCAACUCAACUCGGCAUAACCAUUAGUGACAAGGAGUUGGCAUGACGGCACAAACAGCCUGGUGCUCACGCUAGCAAUAUUGACAGUACCUAUGAUAAUAAGCCAGACUUUAAUAUGGAGGACAAGCCAAAUACCCUAUGCCGUGUAAAUUGGGUUAUGAAUUCUACCAGCCUUUCAUUACAUUGUUGAUGAAGGACAGAGGCGGACAUAGCUGUGUUUCAUCCGUGUCCAAUGAAACAGGCCCCCAAACAGCUGAAUCCACCCAGGGUUUAUUAGCAGCCCAGACAGUAGGAUAGUCCAUCAACCUCAGAGAAACAUGCAAACAUGUCACCUCGUAGUGUGUGUGUGUGUGUGUGUGUGUGUGUGUGUGUGUGUGUGUGUGUGUGUGUGUGUGUGUGUGUGUGUGUGUGUGUGUGUGUGUGUGUGUGUGUGUGUGUGUGUGUGUGUGUGUGUGUGUGUGUGUGUGUAUUUGAUGUGGGAUCUGAGAUUUUAAAAAACUGAAUGUAUUGUCAUGGCUGACCUCAGAUCAGAAUAGACUGGAAAAGCUGCAAUUCAGAUGACACCCUUUUUUUCCUUAUAUAGAGCCCUAAUGGACCUUGGUCAAAAGUAGUGCACUACAUGUGGAAUAGGAUCCCAUUGGGGAUACAAGCCCACCACUGUGGGAAGCUGUAAAAAAAAAAUAUAUAUAUAUAUAUUACUAUUCUCAGUGAAUUAUUUAGUUCUGGAACUGCCCAAACGUGAUGGAUGACGUUACUCAAAAGCCCUGGUCUGAGAACAGUUUUUAGAUGUUUAUUUUUUAUUUUUUUAUUUCCCUGUUGGUAACAGUUUGGGUCAGGAUGGAGAAAGCUGCUCACAGAUCAGGGUCCGUAUUCAUAAAACCCUGAAUCAGUUUAGCCUUUUUAUAUUCUAAUGAAAGGACGGGGGCGGGACCUGGGGGCGGGGCCUGUGGGGUGGGGGCGGGGCCUGGGACCUGACUGAUCCGAGAUCGACACUCGUUCUCUCAGAUGAUUUCUGAUUACUGUACUUUGGGCUGUACUUUGGGCUAACGGUCCCUUUUGAGUAACACUUUGUCUGUAUGAGGCAUACGUGGGUUCCUAGUAAUUCAGUGACUGGUAUGUAUGUCAUGGGGCCUGUCUCAGAGAUUUAAACGCUGUGUUGCCUCUGUUUUGCUGUACGAUUGAUUGAUCACGAUUUAUCGAGAUGUGUCACUUUGUCGAUCACAGUUUUUGAUAAAAGCUGGAUGUCAUUGCUGAGAAUUGACUUACAUUUUUAAGAAUAGCCAAUUCUAAAGAAAUCACUCUUAUCACCACCCCUCUGCCAAUUUCCAAAGAUUGUUAAGAUUUUGAAAUGAAUAUAAGCCAUGAGGUAAUGUUUUUUUUUUAAACAUUUAUAUCAGGACUUGGAGCAAACAACCUUCUGCCCCUCAAAAAAAUAUCAUACAGGCAGUGAAUAUAAAUCAAUUUACAACAAAAUAAUUCCUCUUCUAUACCUUUAGUUUGGGAGAUUUUUUAAAAAUGCCCCUGUUUUUGUAUCGUCUGCCAGUUUUCUUAGAGCUAAAAUGCAAGAACCUUGAAAUGCUAACAACAACAAAAACUAGCAUAUUGCCUUAGAUUGUUUGUUCUCCUUGUAUAUUUUAACGCUAUCCGUGUCAUAUUUGUAUUGUGAAUAUGUACAUUAUUGAAUGGGGUGCAUCGUUGAUCAACACAUCUUAGUUGCUGAGACAAGCGGUCUCUCUCUCUCUCAUCUGUGAUUGGUUGAAGGCUGUAUUAUUUGAAUAAUUAAAUACCCCACUAACUGUUGUGUCAGACUGCUAUAUGGAAGAAGAAACAAAUAUGAUGCAAUGGGAUAUUGAAGCAAUAUGUAAUAUAUUCUAUGAACUUUCUGGAGAAAGUAAGCUUACAGUGUUACGCGUUGCUCUGAGAUGUAUGUCUUUGUUCCCCAGAUGUGUUUGUUCCCCAGAAAACAUCGCACUGUUCGUUCGUUCCACCCGUCACUCACGCGUCAACGUUUGUAAUCUUUAGUGUUGAGCGUUUUAUGCAAAAGUUAGAUAUGCCGGCAGAAGUUUAAACACAGUUAUAUGCAAGUUGUCAACUAAUAAGGCUUCGCUGAUGCUAUUUGCAAUUUGAUGUUGAAUAAUACAAUUGUAAAUAAAGAAUUGUUAUUGCAACAUUUAAUCUAGUUCCCGCUAUAUUAUUGAAUCAUAUUUUAUCGAUACUGCACUGUUUGAGGGGAGAGCCUAGUCUGCAAGGAAGCGUCUCGUUGUCCUCACUGUGUAGCCUUACAGUAUAUGCUCUGUGUGUAUAACAAAUACACUUUUGAAUUAAAUAUUGUUUUGUGUUUAGAUACAAAAAAAAGAAGUAUGAUCCUGAAAGUGGAGAUAUUAUUUAAAUUGAUGGAUGGGUAAUUGAAAGCCAAUUGCGUUGAGUGUUUGUCACAUACUUUGCGAGUUGUUGAAUGUAUGCUUUUAGUUCGAUUGGACGAUGCGGUCCAGCUGUGAUGCGGCUCAGUACUGUGAGUAACUGGGACACGGGGAAUGGAAGGAAGUGUGAAUGGGAUAGUGGUGGUGAUAAUGUUUUUAAACCGUUUAACAAAUCAACACCUCUCUGUUUCCAUAUUGCUCUGUUUGAAUUGUUCGUUUUAUCACGUCUUGCGUGAUGCUGUUUUGUAAAUUUAAUGAGGAUUAAAUUAUUAAUGGUUCUAACAUAAA